UUGAGGCAUUUAAAUCCUAUGGUAAACAUCUCCGAACGUUUACAAGCUGACAUUCUUUGGAGAGUAAAGAUGAUGGUAUGGGUGACAUGGAUGUUUACUACAUUUGCCGCGGGAUUUUUUGCAAUUCUGGUAUUCCAAAGGAUGAAUUACCCAUUGUUUUGGGUGGAUUUGAUUUAUUACCUAAACCUUCGGAAGGUUGGAAAGGCGUUGAAGUCUCGUAUGCAGAGUGGAGUCACCACUUACCUCGAUAGCUUUCUUUACCAGGCAAAGAAGAUACCUGACAAGGCUUUCAUAGUGUUUGAGGGUCAAACGCUCACUUACCAGGACGUUGAUAAAAGAAGCAACCAAUUUGCUAAAGUUUUCAGAACCGAAGGUGGCUUGAAGAAGGGUGAUAUUGUCGCUCUUCUGAUGAGCAAUGAGCCUGAUUUUAUUUGUGUGUGGUUCGGACUCAGUAAACUGGGCUGCGAGGUCGCUUUCCUAAAUUUCAAUAUCAAAUCCAAAUCGCUCCAAUUUUGUUUUGAAAGUUGCGGAGCGAAAUCGCUCGUCGUAGGCGCAGAUUUGGUGAGUUCACUGGGCGAGGUGUUACCCUCUCUAAAGGAGAAUGCCAUUGAGGUGUGGGUCACGGACAUUGUCUGCCCUCAUGAAGGGGUCAACACGUUACUGGACAAGGUGGAGCAGGCCUCAGACAUGGCCUUACCUGACUGUCCUAGAGCUGACCUCAUGUCCAACUUCCUGUUCAUCUUCACAUCAGGAACAACCGGACUUCCUAAGGCAGCCCGGGUGGGCCAUCUCAAAGCAGUUAUGUGCAUGGCCUUCCUUCGUCUGUGCGGGGCCCGUUCGAAUGACAACAUUUACAUCACUCUGCCCUUAUACCACAUGACCGCCUCUCUUCUGGGUAUUGGUGGAUGUAUACAGCUCGGGGCAACGUGCAUAUUGAAAAAUAAGUUUUCUGCCAGUCAAUUCUGGAAAGACUGUGUGAAACAUAAUGUGACUGUAUUUCAAUAUGUUGGAGAGCUCUGUCGCUACCUGGUCAACCAACCUGUGGUCCCUGAGGAGAGUGCCCACAAAGUGCGUGUUGCAGCAGGGAGUGGUCUGAGGGCAGAUGUCUGGAGGGAGUUUGCCAGACGCUUUGGGAAGAUCAAUGUCCGGGAAGCCUAUGGUUUAACUGAGGCCAGCAUUGGCUUUGUCAACUACACCAAUGAAAUAGGACCCAUCGGAAGGGCGGGCUACUUCAACAAGCUUAAUAUGCCCUUUGAGUUCUUGAGCUGUGAUCCCCAAACAUAUGAGCCGUUACGGACCGACUCAGGACGAUGUGUCAAAGCAAAUAAAGGAGAGACGGGCCUCCUGGUGGCCCCGGUGUCGGUCAUGAAUCCUUUCCUAGGGUAUGCUGGGAAUACGCUUCAGUCAGAGAAGAAGCUCCUCAGGGACGUGUUCAAAGAGGGAGACGUGUACUUUAACACUGGAGAUCUCAUGCUUCAGGACCACAGAGACUUUGUCUACUUCCGUGACCGUAUCGGAGAUACCUUCAGGUGGAGAGGAGAGAAUGUGGCCACCACGGAAGUUUCAGAGAUUCUCGGAAGUUUGGAGUUCCUGCAGGAAGUGAACGUCUAUGGUGUCACUGUGCCAGGUUAUGAAGGCAGAGCAGGUAUGGCAGCCGUUGUCCUAAAGAUGGACCAAAAGCUGGAUGGUAAGAAACUCUACAACCAUUUGGUCCAAAGUCUCCCCGCCUACUCGUGGCCCUGGUUUCUACGGAUCCAGACAUCCAUAGAUGUGACCGAGACCUUUAAGCAGCAGAAGAGGAAGCUGGUGCAGGAGGGCUUCAGUCCUGAGGCCGUCCAGGAGUCCCUGUAUUUCUUGGACCUAUCCCAGAGGGACUACAUCCCGCUCACUCUGUCUCUGUAUGAUGACAUUGUCUCCGGAAAGAUACGGCUCUAGGCUGUCAGGUCAGCAGGACUAAACAGAAAGGUGUAUUUCUGAUUUCUAACGGGUUUAUAUACAGUACUGUUUAAAGGUGUUAUUUACCCAGGAAGCCUCACUGACUGUCCUGUGCAUCUAAUUUUCAACCACGUGUUUUUUAUUAUUUUUUUUAUUUUAAAUUUUAGUUUCCGUUAGGGGGAUUAUAUAAUAUGGUCAUUUUUAUCAGAUGCUUUUAUCCAGAGCAUCUUACAGUUAGCACCUGUAUACAGUAAGACUGAGCCAUCCGAGCCAGCAAAACCACAUAGUUUACCUAAAAGUUAAUACCUCAAAAGUGGUCCAAAAAGAGUCCAUAUUUUUGCACCGUCCGUUGUGUACUAUGUACUUCUAGAUGGUACAUCAGGAGAAUUCGCAGGCCUCAAUCCAACGUGAAAUGGAAAGGUUGACAAACGUCAAAUUCUAUCUAAUUGAAUUUAAAAUUUAAUUUAAUUUUAUGUCCUAUGUGGCAUCACAUGCUGAUCCGCAUACCAGGCUUCAGUCGGCACGUGUUACAGCAGGUUAACCCCUAAAGCUUGACUCAUUUAUGACCCACAAUGGUCCUCUCUUGUCCAUAACUCUGGGCCUUAAUUAUAUCCCCAAAUUUAAUACUGAGUUUUUCCUGGUCAAGUCACAUGGUCAUGAACAACUUCCAGCCAUAAGUAUGAUUUACAAAGCUAUUAAAUUAUGGUAAAUUAAUUAAUGAUUUUAAGACUUGCAACUGGUUUUUUUAUCAAGUGUGACCACCGUUAUUUAGUUCUUAUCAAUGGCAAAUGUAAUUUAACCUUUACUUAACCCGGAAAAUACCCUUUUGAGGUUAGAAACCACUUUUUGCGAGUUGUACCAUGAGCGGGAAAUGCAAAAACUAACCCAGAUAAUCCCACCAUUCUAAUCCAUAGACCUUUCAGAAAAACUAACCCAGAUAAUCCCACCAUUCUAAUCCAUAGACCUUUCAGAAAAACUAACCCAGAUAAUCCCACCAUUCUAAUCCAUAGACCUUUCAAAAAAACUAACCCAGAUAAUCCCACCAUUCUAAUCCAUAGACCUUUCAGAAAAACUAACCCAGAUAAUCCCACCAUUCUAAUCCAUAGACCUUUCAGAAAAACUAACCCAGAUAAUCCCACCAUUCUAAUCCAUAGACCUUUCAGAAAAACUAACCCAGAUAAUCCCACCAUUCUAAUCCAUAGACCUUUCAGAAAAACUAACCCAGAUAAUCCCACCAUUCUAAUCCAUAGACCUUUCAGAAAAACUAACCCAGAUAAUCCCACCAUUCUAAUCCAUAGACCUUUCAGAAAAACUAACCCAGAUAAUCCCACCAUUCUAAUCCAUAGACCUUUCAGAAAAACUAACCCAGAUAAUCCCACCAUUCUAAUCCAUAGACCUUUCAGAAAAACUAACCCAGAUAAUCCCACCAUUCUAAUCCAUAGACCUUUCAGAAAAACUAACCCAGAUAAUCCCACCAUUCUAAUCCAUAGACCUUUCAGAAAAACUAACCCAGAUAAUCCCACCAUUCUAAUCCAUAGACCUUUCAGAAAAACUAACCCAGAUAAUCCCACCAUUCUAAUCCAUAGACCUUUCAGAAAAACUAACCCAGAUAAUCCCACCAUUCUAAUCCAUAGACC